CUUGCUGGACCAAUUGACUUCCUUUUUUGCUGUUGUCGCCUCUUUUUCUCUAUCACUCAUCACUCUUACAAAGACCAUGCUCUUAACUAUUACUUAUAAAUACUAAGAAAGAGACUGAGGGAAUGACAUGCAUGAUGAUGAUGAUGGAGAUGGAAUCAUCAAAGUGGGUGGUCUUCAUGACCAUUGCUUGUGGCUUAUUGGUACUGAGAUCUAUUCUGAAGAGUGUGAACUGGUGGGUGUAUGAGUCAAAAUUGGGAGUGAAGCAGUACUCACUUCCCCCAGGGGACAUGGGGUGGCCCUUCAUCGGCAACAUGUGGUCCUUCCUCAAAGCUUUCAAGUCCAGGGACCCUGAUUCCUUCAUCUCCUCCUUUGUCUCCAGAUAUGGACGAACCGGAAUGUAUAAGGCCUUGAUGUUUGGAAAACCAAGUGUAAUUGUGACAACACCUGAAGCAUGCAAGAGAGUUCUUACUGAUGAUACUAAUUUUGAACCUGGUUGGCCUCGCUCUGCAAUAGAACUCAUUGGAAAGAAGUCAUUCAUUUCAAUUGAGUAUGAAGAACACAAGCGUCUUCGGCGCUUGACAUCAUCCUCAAUCAAUGGCAUGGAAGCACUUUCUCUGUACUUAACAUACAUUGAAGAAAAUGUUAUAAGUUCCUUGGAGAAAUGGUCCAACAUGGGAGAAAUUGAGUUCUUAACUCAGAUUCGGAAGCUUACUUUUAAAAUCAUUAUGCAUAUUUUCCUUAGCUCAGCAAGUGAACCUAUCAUGGAGGCUUUAGAAAGAGAAUACACAACACUUAACUAUGGAGUUAGAGCCAUGCGGAUUAAUAUUCCUGGUUUUGCAUACUACAAGGCAUUCAAGGCAAGGAAAAAUCUAGUUGCCAUAUUCCAAUCCAUUGUAGAUGAGAGAAGAAACCAAAGGAAAGGAUCUCUAGCCAAAAAAGCCAAUGAUAUGAUGGAUGCUCUGAUAGAUGUGGAAGAUGAUAAAGGGAGAAAGUUGGGUGAUGAGGAAAUCAUUGAUAUAAUGUUGAUGUACUUGAAUGCUGGUCAUGAAUCUUCAGGACAUAUCACCAUGUGGGCGACUCAUUUCCUGCAAAAGCACCCAGAAUAUCUCCAAAAGGCUAAGGCAGAACAAGAAGAAAUAGUAAAGAAAAGGCCUUCAACACAGAAAGGGUUGACUCUUAAGGAAAUUCGAGAGAUGGACUAUCUUUAUAAGGUGAUUGAUGAAACAAUGCGUAUAAUUACUUUCUCACUGGUGGUCUUUCGGGCGGCAAAAUCUGAUGUCAAUAUCAAUGGCUACACCAUUCCAAAAGGUUGGACAGCGCUGGUUUGGUUUAGGUCGGUUCACCUUGAUCCUGAAAUAUAUCCUAAUCCAAAGGAAUUUAAUCCUAAUAGAUGGAAUAAGGAACACAAGGCAGGGGAAUUCCUUCCCUUUGGAGCAGGAACUAGAUUGUGUCCAGGCAAUGAUCUAGCCAAGAUGGAAAUUGCAGUUUUUCUUCAUCAUUUCAUCUUGAAUUAUCAGCUUGAACAAGUUAAUUCUAAAUGCCCUGUGAGAUACUUACCACAUACAAGGCCCAUGGACAAUUGCUUAGGAAGGGUAAAGAAAUGUUCACCUGCAUUAACCUAAGAUGGAUGAGAGCUCACAACUAUGGCUCUUUGUAGUUGACCAAAACAAAAAACUAUGGCUCUUUGUAGUAUGAAAAUUGAUUGUCAUGCUAGUCGUCAAAUAAGUUUGUGUGUUUGAAUGUGUGUUUGUACUUACGUUCAAGUUGGCGAAAAAAAGGUUUAACAA